AUGACCUUCCCUCUUUCUCUUUCUCUUUCUCUUUCUCCGUCUCAGGGUUCCCUGGCGGCAACGAUAUUAGUGUCCACGCUCGCAAGCUAUGCUGGGCUCUCGCCUCCCAACAUCAGCACGAAGCCCGCGCCGCCAACGGGUGACAUGAUGCGUAUGCUAAACAUAACUAGCAAACGCACGGCUCGGCUCGGGAUGGCCCCGCUGGGCUUUCUGGCGCUGCACACCUCUUCCCUAGUACUUUUCUAUCCAAACAUCCCACCGCUCUUUCUCCGCUACGGCGCGGCGAAUGGUCUUAACCCAGAACUUGUGACGUGGUCUGCGGCAACGUCUAUCCCUUUGGCCCUGAUCCUAUGUGCCGGGGUUCCGCUACGGUUGGGCGCGUACUCUUCGCUGGGUAAGAACUUCACGUUCGACCUCGCGGAGCCUGAUGGCCUGAAGACUGAUGGCAUCUACCGUUACGUGCAGCAUCCCAGCUACACUGGCAUCAUGAUUAUCCUCGUGUCUAAUGUAAGGCUCCUAGGCAGGGUGGACGGCGCACUCAGCUGCUGGAUCCCGCCGGAAUGGUAUAGCACUCUGCGAACUCUUGGGUGGGCGCUUCUUCUUCCUACCUGGCUGUCGUUAACCAUAUUCGGAUUGUGGACGCGGGUUAAGGAGGAGGAAAGUAUGCUGAAGACAAAAUUCGGCGCGGACUGGGAAAGGUGGCACGCUAGAACGGCACGGUUCGUACCAGGAGUCUUCUGA